AUGGCUGCAGUUAAGGCAGAGCUCAGCGCCUUAAAAUCUCGCGUCGCAGACCAAGACCAAAAGAUCGAGGAGUUGAGGAAGCAGCUGGAAGGAAAGGGCAGCAGUGCUCCGGCCCACUCCGGAGGCCAGAAGAGACCCGCUUCCUCACCAGAUUGGACUCCGGAACCGAAGCGGAGACGGUCCGAAGAGCUGGACAAGAUCCUGGAGCCAUUCUGGCCAGAAAGAGCCGAUGCCCGUGAGAAGCUGACUGAAAGGCAGCAGGCCUUCUUCGGAUACAUGAUGGGCCAGCUGAAAAUCAAAGAUCGGAGAAACCUGGAGAUGAACGCGGCGGCGGUGCUCAACGAAGGAGUUUCCAGGGGCGUCUGGGAGGAGGACUGGACUCCUGCAGGCAUAAAAACCACGUUCAAGCAAUACCUUGUUGAAAAAAUUAGAAAUCACGUGAAAAAAAAUUCCUGCUUACGGGAUGCGGUGGAUGGCCGUAUCCAGGAGGAAGUCCUGAGGGCCAAGGAGUCACAAGAGAAGUGGGCAAGAGAGGGGAGGGUUAUGAAUUUCUCACAGGUCAGGAAAUUGGUCAGGGAGGACCCGUCUUGUGACUGCUUGGCCGAGUACUUCCACUCAAAGGGAUUCUUGAUCCAAGAGGGGCAUGACAGCGCUGCAAGCCAGGAGUCCGAAAUCCUUGCUCUCGCAGAGGAGGACAUGGCUGAGGUGUCCAACCACCUCAGCCAACAUAAGGGGGUUCCAGCAAAGAGCAAGACGGACUUCCGGAGCUUCUGUCUCGCCACAAUGAUGUGGGUUCAUCACCUCGGUCCUGCCAGCAUUAAAGAGUUCAAGGUCCAGGAGUGGAACGACAGAGUGCCGGAGGAAGACGGAGUCACUGUAACGCUGUCCAAAGGAGCUAUCGAGUUAAGCAAAAAAGAAGAACAUUGGUUGGACUGCUACUUUGUUCAUAUCCGGCCAGAAUAUUUAAAGGCCCAAACUCCAGAGAGAGACGACAGGGACCGGUUCUUCCUCGGGGCUUCGGGUGUCCCUCUUAGCAACCCGACAGCCGAUGUGCAAAGGCUACGACAAAAGCAAGUAUUGUAG